GUUACCCAGGCUGGAGUACAAUGGCGCGAUCUCGGCUCACUGCAACCUCCGCCUUCUGGGUUCAGGCAGUUCUCCUGCCUCAGCCUCCUGAGUAGCUGGGAUUACAGGCACGCGCCACCAUGCCCAGCUAAUUUUUUGCAUUUUUAGUAGAGAUGGAGUUUCGCCAAAUUGACGAGGAUGGUCUCGAUCUCUUUACCUAGUGAUCCACCCGCCUCAGCCUCCCAAAGUGCUGGGAUUACAGGCUUGAGCCACCGCGCCCGGCUGAAGCAACUCUUCUACCUCAGUCUCCCGAGUAGCUGUGGAUGUGCCCUCUUAAGGUUUUCACUUAUAAUCUACUCAGUGCAGUUAAUUCAAGUGUGUGUGACGUGAUGUGGUGUGUGCAUGAGCACAUGGAUGGAUAAGCCCAUGGAUUCUGUAGAAGACGCAUCAUUUGAAAUAAGUUUUAGUUUUAUAAUGAUUGAAAUGAUGUUGGGUAUUUCCCAUUGUCCUCAGCUAUCACCAGAAUUACUUAAAAGCAAGAAGGCUUGGGCCAAGCACAGUGUCUCACACCUUUAAUUCCAGCACUUUGGGAGUCUGCAGUGGGCAGAUUACUUGACAUUCGAAAUUUGAGACCAGCGUGGCCCACAUGGUGAAACAUGUCUACUAAAAUUUCAGAAAUUAUCUGGUCGUGGUGGCGGGCACCUGUAAUUUCAGCUACUGGAAAGCUGAAGCAAGAGAACCAUUUGAAUUCAGGAGGCACAGGUUGCAGUGAGCUGAGGUCACACCACUGAGCUCCACCCUGGGUGACAGACUGAGACACUGCCAAGAAACAAAAGGCAAGAAGGGUGAUAAAGGGUUGCAUGCACGCCUGGGUGAAUAUUCAGUGACAUUUUACAACGCUCCAUGUUCCCACCCUCUGACUUCUCUCACUUCUCCCCACUAGGUAAACCACUGUCAAUGUAGAUGUGAUGCUGUGUCUGGUAUUUAGCGGGUUGUAUUCCAAGCUGAAUCUCAGACAAUCUGGAUUCAGGUGUUUUAUUGACAUUUUUAGCUGUUUGAUUUGUGGCCACUUUCCCAGAGUGUGUGUGAGGCAGUUCUCUCCAAGUCCAGAUCUUCCUUCAUGGGACGAAGGACGAAGUUUAUGGCCGAGGACAUGGGAAGCACGUGAAACAGAGUUUAGCACAUGGGAAGCGUUCAAAACUGUCAGUCAUUACUACUGCUAUGAUCAUGACAGUUUUUAGAUUCUGGCUUUCCUUUUUCUUUUUUUUAGAAGGAGUUUCACUUUAUCACUAAGCUAGAUUGGAGUGGUGCGAUCUCUGCUCACUGCCGCCACCUUUACCUCCCAUGUUCAAACAAUUCUGCCUCAGCCUCACAAGUAACUGAGACCACAGGCACCUGUCCCCGCACCCAACAUAUUUUUUGCAUUUUCAGUAGACUCGGGGUUGUUAGCCAGGAUGGUCUCGAUCUCGUGACCUCUUGAUUGGCUCGCCUCGGCCUCCCAAAGUGUUGGGAUUACAGGCAUGAGCCACUGCCUGGCCUUAUUGAUUCAUUGAUUGAUUGAUUGAGGCAGACUUAUUGUUGCCCCGGCUGGAGUGCCAUGGCGCAGUCUGGGUUCAAGCUAUUCUCUGCUGCCUCCCAGGUUCAAGCUAUUCUCUCCUGCCUCAGCCUCCUGAGUAGCUGGAAUUACAGGCACCUGUCACCAUGCCCAGAUAAUUUUUUAAUUUUUAGUAGAGUCGGUGUUUCACCAUUCUGGCCCUGCUGCCCUCCAACUUCUGACCUCAGUUGAUUCGCCCUCCACAGCCUCCCAAAGUGCUGGGAUUACAGGCGUGAGCCACUGCACCCAACGCUGACUUUCUUUUCUCUCUUUUUUUUUUUUUGAAAUGGAGUUUGCUCUUCUCGCACAGGCUGGAGUGCAAUGGCUCGAUCUUGACCAACUGCAACCUCUGCCCCCAGGGUUCAAGCGAUUAUUUUGCCUUAGCCACCCGAGUAGCUGGGAUUACAGGCACCUGCCACCAUACCUGGCUAAUUUUUUGUAUUUUUAGUAGCAGAGAAGGGUUUUCACUAUGUUGGCCACACUGGUCUCAAACUCCUAGCCUCAGGUGAUCUACCCGCCUUGGCCUCCCAAAGAGCCGGGAUUACAGGCGUGAGUCACUGCACCCCGCCCUGAGUUUCUUUUCUUCUUUUCUAAAAGUCCAUUGGACUUUGUCGACUCUGAGACAGCAUUUGUAUUUUACCUCAUCUAGAUAAUGAACAUCACGUGUUAUUUUGAACAUACAAUCUCUAUAGAGAAAACACUGUAUUUGUUAUUUUUCUUUUUGGUGACUUUUUUUUUAUUGCAUUUUAGUUUUUUUUUUCUUGUUAAUUGUUAUUUCUAAUUUGUUGCUGUUGUUAAGACAAGUCGCUCUGUCGCCCAGGCUGGGGUUCAGUGGCGCCGUUAGCUAACUACAACCUCCACCUUCCAGGGUCAGGUGAUUUUCCUGCCUCAGCAUCCCGAGUAGCUGGGAUUACAGACACGCAACACUACGCUCGCCUAAUUUUUGUGUAUAUUUAGUAGAGACGGGGUUUCACCAUGUUGGCAAAGUUGGUUUCGAACUCCUGACCUCAAGUGAUUGGCCCGCCUCUGCCUCCCAGAGUGCUAAAUUGCAGGCAUGCGCCACCGCGCACGGCCAACUAAAAUUAAUUUCAAUAGCAAAGAAUUUUCCUGGAUUCCACGUUGACUUCUCAGGAAGGUGCUAUUUCCCAGAUGGCUGAGCUGCUCCAGCUCAUUGACGGGUUUCCUUUCCAUAACUCGGAAAAAAGGCGCCCAGAGCGAGAUGGAGGGAAGCUCAGGCCCUGCCCCCUCCUCGCCCCCGCGGACUUCUCACAGUCCAGGCAUCUCCUCUCCCGCGUCCCGCCGCUGCACCUUAGGGCCCUGCUCCGGCCACGCUCAGGCUCCGGCCACCACUUUUUGACCCCUCCCGGCCUUGGUCAGGCCCCGCCCAACUCCUCAGCGGCCCCGCCCCGGUCUGGCUUCUGUCCUGCGCUGAUUGGUUCGGACCGGGAAGCGGAUGGCGUCGACUGAAAGUCUCCCCGCGGCAGGAUUGAUUUCUAAAGACUCAUGUUACGUGAGGAAGCAGCUCAGAAGAGAAAAGAAAAGGAGCCAGGCAUGGCUCUUCCUCAGGGACGCUUGACUUUCAGGGAUGUGGCUGUAGAAUUCUCUUUGGCAGAGUGGAAAUGCCUGACCCCUGUGCAGAGGGCUUUAUACAGGGACGUGAUGUUGGAGAACUACAGGAACCUGGAGUCUGUGGGUGAGGAAAACGUCCCUCCAGACACGAGGAAUCUGCCCUUGUCCAUCUUGGCUCUUCCUGCCAACGGCAACCUCAAUUGUAGCUCAUUCUUAAGGAAACGGAUAAAAAACCAUUUAGGAAAGAAACAACAUGAAUGUGAUGUGUGUGGCAAGGUCUUUAAUAAGAAGCGAUAUCUUAAAAGCCAUCGUAGAUGUCACACGGGUGAGAAACCUUACAAGUGUAAUGAGUGUGGCAAGACCUUCAGCCACAGGUCAUGCGUUCUACGCCAUCGCAGAGUUCAUACAGGAGAGAAACCUUACAAGUGUAAUGAGUGUGGCAAGACCUUCAGUCGGGCGUCAUACCUUACAUGCCAUCGUAGACUUCAUACUGGAGAGAAACCUUACAAGUGUAAUGAGUGUGGCAAGGCCUUCAGUCAGAUGUCAUCCCUUGUAUACCAUCAUAGACUUCAUACUGGAGAGAAACCUUACAAAUGUAAUGAGUGUGGCAAGACCUUUCGUCGAAAGUCAUCCCUUACAUGCCAUCGUAGAUUUUAUUGUGCAGAGAAACCUUACAAGUAUGAGUGUGGUAAGACCUACCAUGAAAUGUCAUCUCUUAAAUGCCAUUGUAGACAUCAUACUGGAGAGAAACAUUACAAGUGUAAUGAGUGUGGCAAGACCUUCAGUCGCAUGUCAUCCCUUACAUGCCAUCGUAGACUUCAUACUGGGGAGAAACCUUACAAGUGUCAUGAGUGUGGCAAGACCUUCAGUCAGAACUCAUCCCUUACAUACCAUUGUAGACUUCAUACUGGAGAGACACCUUACAAAUGUGAAAAAUGUGACAAAGGUUUCACUCGCAAAUCACACCUUGAAAUGCAUAAGAUAAUCCAUACUGGAGAGAAACCAUACAAAUGUAUGGUUUGUGAUAAGGCUUUUGCAUAUAAUUCAUACCUGGCAAAACAUGCUAGAAUUCACACUGGAGAGAAACCUUACAAGUGUGACGAGUGUGGCAAGACCUUCAGUCAUACGUCAUCCCUUACAUGCCAUCAUAGGCUUCAUACUGGAGAGAAACCUUACAAGUGUCACGAGUGUGGCAAGAAAUUCCAUCAGAUGGCAUCCCUUAGAUACCAUUGUAGUAGAUUCAUACUGGAGAGAAACCUUACAAGUGUAAUGAGUGUGGCAAGGCCUUCAGUCAGAUGUCAUCCCUUACAUGCCAUCGUAGACUUCAUACUGGAGAGAAACCUUACAAGUGUCACGAGUGUGGCAAGAAAUUCCAUCAGAUGGCAUCCCUUAGAUACCAUUGUAGUAGACUUCAUACUGGAGAGAAACCUUACAAGUGUAAUGAGUGUGGCAAGGCCUUCACUCAGAUGUCAUCCCUUGUACACCAUCGUAGACGUCAUACUGGAGAGAAACCUCACAAGUGUAAUGAAUGUGGCAAGGGUUUUGUUAAAAAGGAACACCUUGUACGUCAUCAUAGACUUCACACUGCAGAGAAACCUUACAAGUGUAAUGAGUGUGACAAGGCCUUCAGUCACACGUCAUCCCUUGUAUACCAUCGUAGAUGUCAUACUGGAGAGAAACCUUACAAGUGCAAUGAGUGUGGCAAGACCUUCAGUCAGAUAUCAUAUCUUGUAUACCAUCGUAGACUUCAUACUGGAGAGAAACCUUACAAGUGUAAUGAGUGUGACAAGACCUUCAGCCACCCGUCAUCCUUUGUACGCCAUCGUAGAUUUCAUACUGGAGAGAAACUGCAAGUGUAAUGAGUGUGACAAGACCUUCAGCCACCUGUCAUCCUUUGUAUGCCAUCGUAGGUUUCAUACAGGAGAGAAACUUUAAUGAGUGUGACAAGAGCUUCAGCCACCCGUCAUCCUUUGUAUGCCAUCGUAGAUUUCAUACAGGAGAGAAACUGCAAGUGUAAUGAGUGUGGCAAGACCUUCAUUCAAAAGUCACACCUUACAUACCAUAGUGGACUUCAUACUAGAGAGACCUUACAGAUGUAAGGUUUGUGACAAGGCUUUCUAGCAUGAUUCAUACCGGGCACAAAAUACUAGAAUUCACACUGGAGACAAUCCUUAAAAUUGUAAUGAGUGUCCAAGACCGUCAGUAGUAAUUCAUCCCCUGUAACUGACAACCUCUCACACCUGCCUUGUACAACAACUAUCCCCCUCUCCAAUGUGAAGAUCCAGUGUGCCCAGCCCCCAGCAUCUUCUUCCUCUGCAGCAGCAGGUAGACAAACGUAUGUUUAGGUGCAAACUGGAGAGGGGUGUGUAUCCGGGCAUUCCUAACCCCAGAACUCUCAGUUUCCAUGGACCAAGAAAUUAAAAUGAUUUUAAGUCCUCACUACUAUUGGUCCAAGUGAGCUGUGUUACUUCCCCUCCUAGUAGGAACUGGCACAGCAGCUGGGAUAGGCACCAGAAUAGGAAGCAUCAGCACUUCAGCCCGUUUCUGUCAUAAACUGUUCCAGGAACUCAAUGAUGACAUGGAAAGAGUGGCCAAUUCCCUGAACUCCCUCCAGAACCAGUUAAAUUCCCUAGCUGCAGUAGUGCUACAGCAGUGCUAUUGCAGGGCCUUCAGCUUACAGCGCAGAAGGGAAUUACCUGCCUCUUCUACAGGAAGGGUGUUGCUACCAUGUCAGUCAGGAAUAGAAACAGGAAAAGUUAAAGAGCUAAGGGACCACAUUCAAAGGCAGCACACAGUCAGCAGCUGGAGCUUCCCAGGGCUCAGAACCUGGAUCCACUGGGCUCUUCCCCUCCUUGGGCCUUUACUAGUAAUCUUCCUGGCCCUUACCUUUGGUCCCUGUAUGAUUAACAUACUGUAGUGCUUCACGGAAGCCACAGUUGUCAGACAACUGCCCAGUUGCUAGCCUUUUGGGGGUACAAGCCCCUGAGCACAGAUGUUAAUUUGUAAAAGGCGAUGCUCCACAUGUAACAUAAAGAGCAUCAAAGGGAUGAAUGAGAUGGAAGGCCUGUGUGAAAGGCCUCUAAGGAAAAUUUCCUGAGUGUCUAAGAUAGCUGCCUCAGCUACCUUACCUGCUUUUGUGCUUAUGUACAUCUGCUUCCUGCUUACUAGCGAAAAAGCCCCCUGCACAAUUGCUACAUUGCCUGAAAAUCGUGAGUUACUUCCCCUAUUUCUAACCUAUAAGAACUAUGUACUGACACAGGCUGGGGUCCAGACUUUUGGGUGCUCACCUGUCUGGGCCCACUGGUGUAAUCAACUGUGGUCCUCUGACACUCUGAGUGCCGUUUGGGUUUCUUGUCAGGAGAAAUUCCAGGAACAGCAUUGCAAAAUUUUGAUUUUUUUUUUCAUUCAGAUGAAGUUUCCCUCUGUCACCAGCCAAAAGUGCAUGGUGCAAUCUCAGCUCACUGCAACCCCUGCCUCCCCAUUUGAAGCAAUUCUGCCUCAGCCUUCUGAGUAGUUGGGCCUACAAGUACCAGCCACCAUGACCAGAUAAUUUCUAUUUCUAGGUCCUUGAGGAAUCGCCACACUGUCUUCCACAAUGGUUGAACUAAUUUACACUCCCACCAGCAGUGUAAAAGUGUUCCAAUUUCUCCACAUCCUCUCUGGCAUCUUUUGUCUCCAGACUUUUUAAUGAUUGCCAUUCUAACUGGCAUGAGAUGGUAUCUCAAUGUAGUUUUGAUUUGCAUUUCUCUAAUGACCAGUGAUGAUGAGCAUUUUUUCAUAUGUUUGUUGGCCUCAUGUAUGUCUUCUUUUGUAAAGUGUUUGUUCAUAUCCUUUGCCCACUUUUGAAUGGGCUUGUUUUUUUCUUGUAAAUCUGUUUUAGUUCUUUGUAAAUUCUGGAUAUCGGCCCUUUGUCAGACGGGUAGACUGCAAAAUUUUUUUCCCAUUCUUGGUUGCCAAUUCACUCUAAUGACUGUGGAUCUUUGGCCGUGCAGCAGCUGUGGAGUUUGAUUAGGUCCAAUAUGUCUGUUUUGGCUUUUGUUGCCAAUGCUUUUGGUGUUUUGGUCAUGAAGUCCUUGCCUAUGCCUAUGUCCUGAAUGGUUUUGCCUAGAUUUUCUUCUAGGGUUUUUAUGGUGUUAGGUCUUAUGUGUAAGUCUUUAAUCCAUCUGGAGUUAAUUUUAGUGUAAGGUGUCAGGAAGGGGUCCAGUUUCUGCUUUCUGCACAUGGCUAGCCAGUUUUCCCAACACCAUUUAUUAAAUAAGGAAUCCUUUCCCCAUUGCUUGUUGUUGUCAGGUUUGUAAAAGAUUGGAUGGUUGUAGAUAUGUUGUGUUGCCUCCACGGCCUCUGUUCUGUUCCCUUGAUCUAUAUCUCUGUUUUGGUACCAGUACCAUGCUGUUUUGAUUACUAUAGCCUUAGAGUAUAGUUUGAAGUCCAGUAGUGUGAUGCCUCCCGCUGUGUUCUUUUUGCUUAGAAUUGACUUGCCUAUGUGGGCUCUCUUUUGGUUCUAUAUGAAUGUUUAAGGUGUUUUUUUCCAGUACUGUUAAGAAGGUCAUUGGUAGCUUGAUGGGGAUAGUGUUGAAUCUGUAAAUUACUUUGGGCAGUAUGGUCAUUUUUCCAAUAUUGAUUCUUUCUAAUCAUGAACAUGGAAUGUUUCUCCAUCUGUUUGUGUCCUCUCUUCUUUCAUUGAGCAGUGGUUUGUAGUUCUCCUUGAAGAGGUCCUUUACAUUCCUUGUUAGUUGUAUUUCUAGGUAUUUUAUUCUCUAUAUAGCAAUUGUGAAUGGCAGUUCGUUCUUGAUUUGGCUUUCUUUAAGUCUGUUAUUGGUGUAUAGAAAUGCUUGUGAUUUUUGCACAUUGAUUUUGUAUCCUGAGACUUUGCUGAAGUUAUCUAUCAGUUUCAGGAAAUUUUGGGCUGAGAUGAUGGGGUCUUCUAGAUAUACAAUCAUGUCAUCUGCAAAUAGAGACAAUUUGACUUCCUCCUUUCCUAUUUGAAUACCUUUAUUUCUUUUUCUUGCCUGAUUGCUAUGUCUACUAGAUGGUUAUUUGAGGCGGGUUGCUGAGGCGCCUGUGACCUUGUACACACUCAAACUGCAUUCUCAGGAGGCUGUUCUUAACGUUCCUUACCACACUCCCCAUGCCACACCCUGUCGUGUUUUUAGGUGUAAGGAGUUUCAUCCCCAUGCACAAAUCACAUACACACAGUGCCUUAGUAUUUUUUCAUGUGCAGACCUCAAAUGCCACAUACAUAAGCUUAAAUAUGUUGCUGUGUACCCCCCAUACUUUGGGAGGCCAUGGUGGGUGGAUCACUUGAGGUCAGGAGUUGGAAACCAGCCUAGCACACAUGGUCAAAUCCUGUCUCUACUAAAAAUACAACACAAUUAGCUGAACAUGCUGGUGUGAGUCUGUAAUUCCAGGUACUUGGAGGCUGAGGCAGGAGAACUGCCUGAGUCCAGAAGGUGGAGAUUGCAGUGAACCAUGACACUGCACUCAAGCCUGGGCAACAGCAAAGUUCCAUGUAAAAAAAAAUUUUCAGUAAAUUAUAGGAAGACUAAGCAGUCCCAGAGAUAAGAAUUCCUGGGACUGGCCGGGUGCGGUGGCUCACGCCUGUAAUCCCAACACUUUGGGAGGCCGAGGUGGGUGGAUCACGAGGUCAAGAGAUCGAGACCAUCCUGGUCAACAAGGUGAAACCCCAUCUCUACUAAAAAUACAAAAAUUAGUUGGGCAUGGUGGUGCAUGCCUGUAACCCCAGCUACUCAGGAGGCUGAGGCAGGAGAAUUGCCUGAACCCAGGAGGCAGAGAUUGUGGUGAGCUGAGAUAGCGCCAUUGCACUCCAGCCUGGGUAACAAGAGCGAAACUCCGUCUCAAAAAAAAAAAGAAAAAAAAUUAUUGGGAUCAUCGUCCCUUCUUAUGGAGUGAUAUAUAACCUUCAUUGAAGUACAUCAACAUGUAACCAAUCACGUUGCUGCAACCUACACACUGGUGUUUAAUAGAAAAUGUGGUGAUUCUGCUAAAGCUUCUCUUUUUCUAUGAGUGUGAAACCUUAACGUCUCCAAUGUGGAACGCUGAUCCCAUUCAUUUGGAGUUGAUGUUUCCUGGUGGCUAUCUUCAAGCUUUGUGUUUAAAUAAACUUUGUACUUAAUCACAUAUGUAUAAA